UGUGGUUACAGUGUAAUUAUAAAGUGCAGGUAUAAGUAGUGCAGUUGGUGGACAUUUUAUGGUGGAUAAACAGCUAGUUAUGAAUACACUAUACUUCAGAUUUGUAUUGUAUUGACAGUAGCAUAUGAAUAGACUAUAGAUAUGUAUUAACAUGUGGGAACAUCAAUAGUUUAGUGUGCAGUAGUGUGGUAGGGGUGAGGGGAAGACACACACACACACACACGAGAGAGAGAGAGAGAGAGAGAGAUAAUCAUAAUGAACAUUUUUACAUUAUUACUGAGUACUUUGUGUUGAUUAUACCGAUUGCUUCAUAACAUUGCACUAUGGGGAAAGAUGAAUUUCAACACUGGUAAUAACACGUGACAUAACAAUAACACGUUAAGUAAUUUAUUGAUUUGUUCCAAUAUAUGUUGCUAUUGCCUACGAUGUUAUUUCAGUCGUUUAAUCAUUUCUUUGUAUUAAUGAUCGCUUCAGUCUUGACGGUCAUUGUAGUUCUUUGGUACAUGUGUUCUGAGUCAUGGCUCGGCUCUGUGAUUGGUUAGUGCGGUCUGAUCCAAGCUCCGUUUCGGGUAUCGAUUAGCCGGCCUGCUGUUUGUAUUGCUAGUUGCAGAAGCUAAUUUCCCGACAGUAAAGAUGGAUAUGUCCCGGCUGAAGGUGACUUUAAUGAUAUUUACCGCCAUGAAAACAUUAGACUGCUGGAGUUAGCUCGUGUUCUGACAUGCGGUCUGUGUAGCACACAUGAACCGACCGUGGCACUUUAUUUUCGCUUUGUUUACACUGUAGCAGCUGCUCGCCGUUCGGCUAGACUGAUGGAACCACAAUGCGACUAUUUCAUGUAUUUUCCCGCCGCUCCAAUCUCGAGUCUGUCAGACCCGGCCGAGUACAAAACUCUUCCGCGGCGAAAACACGUCUACCUCGGAGAGACCGUCCAGGUCCUGCUGGUCCUGCGGUCCCGGGACGCAGCGGGGACGGAUGACAGCUCCGGUGGUAGUUCACCCUGGAAGGACCUGGUGGGUUCUCUCUCUGCUCUGGCGAGUGUGUGCGUCGCCGAGAGCCAGCAACAGAGAGUCGCCGAGUACCAGCCAGACCUCCAGAGCAGCUGCAGUGAGGACAGCUGCGAAGAGGAGCCCGGAGAGAGCGACACCGGAACGGCAGACAGCCGCGGAAGAAGAGCGGACAGGAGCCGCGCUUUCACUGAGUGCAGCCCGUUGCUCAUUCACAGCAACUCGGCCAGGAGAGAAACAGUGGAGUCUGCUCUGGUGUUGGACGACCAGGUGAUUUUCUGUCUCACUGUCUCUUUGGACAAGCUGCCAGUCAACACGCUCAAAGCCAAGCGAUGA